UCUCUCUCAACAGCUCGGAAACAGUUGGAUGGGACCAGAAAAUUGCUAGAGGACAACGACGCGAGGUUCCAGAAAACCAUCAAAUUCUUCAGCUACUCUCCCAAGAAACCAGAUAAAGCAAUCUUCGACUUCUUCAGCACCUGGUCUUCCUUCUGUCUGGAUUUCAAAGAUGUGUGGAAGAAAGAGCAAGUCAGGCUUCAGAAGCUAAAUCUGCAGUUGGCACAAAAGGCAGCUCAAGAUAUUGCACUAAAACAGAAGAAGUCCUUGGAGGACACUUGCAAGAAGGAGAAGGGUGGACUGAAAAGCAGGCUGUUGAACUUUGAGAAGAAAAGAAGCAUUGGUCGCUCAAGCAGGAGCCAAACACCGGAUACCAGCCUUGUGGUACCACCCGGGAGCCAGUAGUGCCAAAACCUACGCUUUUGAGGAGAACUCGUAUCCCGCGAACAAAAGAGGCUCUCUUUUUAAUGCAAACCCAUUUUCGAAACGCUCAAAAGUCGAGACAGAAUUUUUGAAAGAUCUCUCAGCAGAAUAUUCCGUCUCUCAGUGGAGUGAUAUAUUUUACGUUCAUUGUUCCGUGUACAGUUUAACGAAAUAAACGCUUUUUGUGCUA